AUGUCGGCUUCACCUGUUCACCUGCAGCUCCGGGCCUCCACCACGGCCGCUGACGACGUCCGUACCAGGACUCUCGGCCCCUGCCAACGCUGCAGAUGUUCUCCAUCUCAUCCCUCGUUGCCUUCUGUUGGAGAUCCAAUCCGCGCCGGCUCCACUCCCUCCCGUACGGCGCCUCCUCCGCUCCUACCCGCACGGCGCUCUCCCACUCCCACGCCCACGCUCCACCGACCCGAAGACGUGCGCGUAAUAGUCGAAUUCUCCUCUCGGCUUGCUCGCGCAGUGUCGGAGGGCGUUCAAGAGCGUGAGAGUGGAGAAGCUAAAGGCUACAAUGCUUUGCAAUUUGAAGUCCAAAUGGACUCAAGACAGAUCCUUGAUGAGAUUGGUGGUUGUUCAUUGCUUGAAACUCUUUCAGUUAUUCGUUGGCUUGUUGAUGCCAGGAUCUCAGAAUGUUGUUUCAUGGACUGCUAUGAUCAAUGGUUCUCUUUUUUUGCAUUAUUUGAUACUUCAUGGUUCAUGGCAGAUUUUUUUAAUCGCGUCCACGCCACCGCGGUCUCCGACAAGCCCAAGCUCAACAAGUACAGCGCGCGCAUCACGGAGCCCAAGUCGCAGGGCGCCUCGCAGGCCGUGCUCUGUGAGGUCGGCCUCACCGACGUGGACCUCCGCAAGCUGCAGGGCGGCGUCUCCUUGGUGUGGUAUGAGGGGAACACCUGUAACAUGCACCUGCUCCACCUCGCCGAGACCGUCCACGAUGGCGUGCGCGAGGCCGGCAUGGUCGGCUUCCGAUUCAACACCGACGGUGUCAGCGACGCCAUCUCCAUGGGCACCCGGGGCAUGUGCUACAGCCUCCAGUCCCACGACCUCGUCGCCGACAGCAUCGAGACCGUCAUGGGCGCGCAACACUACGACGCCAACAUCUCCAUACCUGGGUGCGACAAAAACGCUUUGUUUCUAGCAAGGCCCUACUUCAUGGUGUGGAGGUCGCAAAGGAUGCUGGGUUUGAGCUACCGCCACCAGCCGAACUUGGGUGAAUCUGCACUUGAGACUGAGCCAGUCAUUGGGCAGGUUUUCGUUACCAAGAGUUCAAGAUCAGAGGCUGAGUUUGAGCAACAGCUAUAUAUCCUUAGGAGACCCUCAAACAUCUCCGUUCGAGCUGCUCUGAACUUAAGCGUGGAGGACAACCCAAACUCACAGUCAACCAGAGUUGGCGCCCAUCCGAUUCUUCCAUUUUCUUUGCAGGAAACUCAAGGAUUGACAAGUCAUGGAAAUGCCACAAGGUUUCAAAGGAAUCAACCAAGAGUUCAAGGAAACCAAACAAAUAUGGAUGCUUGUUUUCAGCAAGAAGGUAUAGAAAUUUUCAUUUGCAACGAGAAGCCACUGCCAAAGUGA